UUUGGCACUCAGUUGGGAUGUGAGGCGGCUAUUCACGCGACACGCACAUUCGCAAUGGACCCAGCCAAUGAAAGUUGCGUUAUUGUUAAGCUGGAUGUGCGAAACGCAUUCAAUACCAUAGAAAGAGACGUACUUUUGGGCGAAGUGCGCGAGCAGAUUCCUUCCCUAUAUCCUUUUCUUUUUCAAGUUUACCAAUCUCCUUCUAAUCUGUUUUAUGAUGGAUCUCUUAUUCUUUCCCAGGUGGGAGCCCAGCAGGGGGACCCGCUUGGGCCGCUCGCUUUCAGUCUAGCAAUCCACAAAGUUAUUUCGGAGUUAGAGUCACCGCUAAAUAUAUGGUACUUGGAUGACGGCACUGUAGGAGGAAAUCCCGAAGUAGUGGAGCGGGACCUUAGUAAACUCUUGCCGCGGUUUGCGGAGGUGGGGCUGGAAGUGAGCGCGUCCAAAUGGUGAACAUCCCCUUUGCGGAAGACGCUUUGUCGGUUUGGACGACUUCCAAUCCGUCUGUGCCUGUUCCGGCUCAUCCAUGCAGGCAGAGAGCUUGGGAUGAUGUCGGAGCUCGGCAUGUUUUGCAGGAGCUGGUAAGUGACUGUGUGGGGGAGGAUGCAGCCAGGUUAAAGGCAGUUUCACAGCCGGAGGCCGGUGCAUGGCUUCAUGCACUACCAUCUCCGCACAUGGGAACUUUUCUCGAUAGCGACUCGGUUCGUGUGGCGGUUGCUCUUCGCCUGGGCUG